CGAGGACGGCCUGAAUUGGAUCCACGUCCAGUCCAGCGCUAUCAGAUUAUUCCACCGUAAAGUCUUCCCGGAGAAACACGUGCCGCAUCCCCAGCAGCGCAGCGCUCCGCUUUGGGGCGAGUCCACAUAGUUAUAGACUUUCUACAGUUGACCAAGUUAAGUGCUGUGCGUGUAAGUGUGUGUGUGCGUGUGUGCUUACGUAUCUGCGCAGGAGCUCACGCGUAUCAAGUGAGAGUCGAAAGCUGUUUCAAUCGAUCGCAUUUUAUGACCGUCAGGCAGCACCGAGUGGUGUGACAAGUUCAAGUUCAGGUCGUUAGUGACAAGUUACAUUCGUUUUCUCAAUCGAAUCGAAUUCUGCUGUUCCUGAAAAACGAAAAGUGGUCGAAUUUUGGAACUAACGUGUGGUUCGUUGAUGCAACCUGCAGAUUGGGCCACCAGCCUUCCAUCAAUCAGCAGUGUUUGCCUUUCCGAGGAUCGCCAACAAAAGUGCGGUGAAAAGUGGCGUGAGACACCGAAUAUUUCCCCUACUGCUGUAGCAACAUUUUUUUUCGUUUCAUCGUUUCCCUAGAGGGGUAGUGAUAUCACUCCUUUCGACCCGCGGGAUCAAGGAACGGAACUCCAGGGGGGGAACAGCAGGAGAAAAACCCGUCCGAACAAAAUAAAGGAUAAUUGGAUUCAAUAAAUCAUCGUUUCGGAGCGGGCGAAGGUGCUUCCCUUUCUCGCAGUGUGUUAUUUUUGUGUUUUGUUUUUUGAUUAUCGGAUUGUUCUGUUGUCGUUUUGUGUCGGAUCGAGGCAGGUUCGGCAGCCGCCGCCGUUUGUAUUGAAAACUGGAAACGGGUUCGUCGCUUUGGAAAGCGAAGGAAUUUUUCUUCGCUUCGCCGUUGGUUGGUGGUUGUUGGAAGUGAAACCCGAAACGCGACCAGACAGUGCUGUGAGUAGGAAAGGGACCAGAUCCCGCUCGCCAGGGGAUAUCAGUCAAGCUGAUAGCAGGUGACUGUUUGCCGGUGAUCGACGCCGAGGAGUCGGGAUUUUUUGGAUACUCGUUCACUGAUAAACCGCGGCUCCCAUCAUGAGGAGCUUACGGUGGGCUCCUUGUGAGCUGUGGGAUCUUCUUCGAAUAUACCUCCUGCUGGAAAUAUUUCUGUUCAACGUGGCAGCCCCGGCGAACGAAAUCUGGCCAGUGGAACGACCAGACGGAAUGCCCCAGAUUACCGCGCUCGAGGUCAUGUGCGGCAAGGAUCAUAUGGAUGUGCAUUUAACUUUUUCCGCCCCGUUCGAGGGGAUUGUCAGCUCCAAAGGUCAACACAGUGAUCCACGCUGCAUCUACGUUCCACCAUCGACGGGGAAGACGUUUUUCACGUUCCGCAUCUCGUACUCUCGGUGCGGUACCAAGCCGGAUUUGAACGGGCAGUUCUACGAGAACACCGUCGUUGUUCAGUAUGACAAGGAUCUACUGGAGGUGUGGGACGAAGCGAAACGGUUACGUUGCGAAUGGUUCAACGAUUACGAAAAAACCGCGUCCAAGCCUCCGAUGGUGAUUGCUGACCUUGACGUUAUUCAGCUUGAUUUUAGAGGUGACAACGUGGACUGUUGGAUGGAGAUUCAGCAAGGCAAGGGUCCUUGGGCACCGGCGGUCAGUGGAAUCGUCCCGCUCGGAUCUACGAUGACUCUGGUAGUGGCUAUCAACGACUUCCGCGGCGAGUUCGACAUGCGAGUCAAAUCGUGCAUAGCGUCCGACGGAGCCGGACACGUGAUCAAACUCUCGGAUGAGUACGGCUGUGUACUGCGACCGAAGAUGAUCUCCCGUUUCCUGAAGGCUCGCGCCCCCGACGAUAAGGCUUCAGUCAUUACGUACGCUUUCUUCCACGCCUUCAAGUUUCCAGAUGCGUUGAGUGUUCACAUAAAGUGUAAGGUCGAGAUCUGCCGACAUGGUUGUUUGGAUCACUGUCAGCACAGCUCCGGACCUGGAGCCAAACAUCACGAUUUGCUAGAGCGCAAGGAUACUCUGGAUAACCACCAGAACAGUAAUGAUGUGUUGCAAGAUUCUGACGAAGAGGAUACUGGAAGCAACCAACAGGAUGUGUUCUACGAUGAUAUUAUUCAUACCGAUAAGAACUUCAAUCAGCCUCCACCUCCGCCACCACCGGCCCCUAAGAAACCAGUGUUGCCACCAACAAUUCAAAAGAAAAAGGACAGCGGAUACCUGCAAUACCAUCAUCUCCAGCACCGAGAUCCUAUCGAUGAGCUAGAAUCUUUAUUCCUUAACGAUCACUCGAUGAUGCCAGCGGAGAUGCUGAAGAAGCAGCCACCGCAGAUGCACCAACCGCCACCUCCGCAAAAACAGCCACUCAAAUCCACUCCGGAGGACGAAAAGUUCCCUCAGGGACCCCGCCAGAUGGAUGCCGAGAAACGAAUGGGAUUACCGGCCGUUGCUGGACCUCGCGCUCUUAAACUAGACGCGGAUGAUGUCCGAAAUCCGACGUACCAAAAUGAGGUACCCGAACAGCGGCGUUCUCGUCGUUCGAUCAAGAUUACCGAUCGGAAGAUUCGCUCGGCCGACGUCGGUGUAAGCGGCAUCUACGAGGUAAUUUCCGAAGCCGACCUGGCCUUCAAUCCGGACACUAAACAGGAAGCCGUCACAGUAUUCCAAGGCAAAAUCGCUGAAGAUGUCGUAUACGGCAUCUGCAUGCCAGUACCGGGCUUUAGCAUCCUGUUCAUCCUGGUCAUAUCGGCAACCAUCAUCUCGGCACUGAUCGCCGGUUCACUGCUCUAUCGAUAUCAGCUGCAGAAGGAGAUAUCCAAGCAGCAGCAGGGUGGGGUACCGCCAGCUGGGCAUCUUCCACCGAACAACUUCGCCACCUGGAUGACGCUGAGAUUGUUCCGAUCGAGACAACAGCAGGCAGCCGCAGCAGCUGCAGCUACCCUAGCGGCAUCCAGUGGAGCCCACGGAUCCCUGGACAUCAGUACGACGGCUCAGUGAGAUCCAGUGGGAGAACUCCAGCAGGAAAACAUGACAAGAGCGCAUUUGAUUACAUUUGAUCCCGAGUGUGGGUAGGUCAGUUGUAGGAAGAGGCGGACAUAACCUUCGAAAUUUUAUGAUGUUUCGUGACGAAUAUGAUCGUUGGAUGCUGUGGCAUUCAUUUGGCAAAAUUGUUUGUUUACGCUGUGUCCAACCGCAUCACGGACAUGUUUUUUUCGGGUUUAUUGCAAUAUUUGUUUAAAACACGUAUCAGCUGAUGAAGUAAAGUAAUCGACACUGGAUUGCAGAAGAAACGGUUUAGUGUGUAAGUAAAAUAAUAAUUGAAAACAAGAGUGUUCUGCAAGAGCAAUUUGAGCAAAGUUUGGAACCGUUCGAUCAGCGGUAAUUGUAUGUUUUUGUUUUUUAAUCAGUUAUCAGAAAUUUGCUCAAACAGAUCUUCUAAGUUGCGCCUCACACACACACAAUCAAAAGAGCGCACUCGAAGGAGAAAACAAAGAUUAUUCUAUACACAGAUAGGGAUAACGUAUUACAUUGUUAAGUUAUUCGAUAAAGUAUAACAGAAACACGUAGCAAGUGUUAAUAGUUUCCUACGUGGCACUAUUUUUGCAAGCCACCGUUACAGAGAGUAUACAGGAGAGAAACGAUGCUCAAUCAGUAUAGUUUUAAAUAGAAGAGAGCUAACAGUUAUCGAAUAUCUAAGUUAUUUAAUUUAUUUUUUGUUCCACUAGUUGGUGGAUCGAGCCAACGGGUAGACUGUCAACUACUGGAACAAUCUCCCACUGCUAGGUAGUAAAUCGUUUUGUAGAUCAGAGGAAACAACUCCGUUAUCGAUAGUUGAACAAAUCACAGUAUUGUAUAAAAAUAUGCAAAA